AUGGCAACCUACAAAGCUCUGGUAUUGGAGCAGUUCGGCACGUCCCUGGUCCUGAAAGAUGUUCAAACUCCACCUGUUACGCUCGGCUCAGCGCUCGUCGCACCACUCUAUGCGAUGAUACCUCCGCUACUUCCGGUGCUGUUAUCUGGUGCUUUCAAGGAGCAACUGUUGUUUCGAACUUCCUUACUCAAUACCAAAUCACCUGUCAAUUCCAUUGCUAUUUGUUCUAGCACCGCUCCGCUACAGAUUACAUCUAAUGUUUCUAGUAUCCAAACUUUCCCUCCCUACACUCUGUGCUAUUCCUGCGUUGCACGUAUCCUUUCUCUUCCCCCCGAUGCCAUCACCCUUCAGAUCGGCGACCUUGUGUGGGUCGAUGCCACGAUCCGAAGCCGCGACAAUCCACACGCCGAAAUCAUUCGCGCCUCCCUCUGUGGCGCUGAUCCGGGCUCGCUGACCCUCACGAAGAGCGUCUCGAACGAGGGGGUUUUUACUGAGAAAUUGCCUGUUCCGCUAGAGGGGAUUUUUAAGUUAGAAGAGAAAUUGGUGAAGGGGAAAGAGGAAGGUGGAUUGGGAUACAAGAUUAGUGACUUUGCGCUUUUGGGAUCUUACCUGUUAGCAGUAGGAGGGUUGGCAAGCUCGAAUAUCGGGGUGGGUGAUACUGUUAUUGUGGGGCCGGCGACAGGCAAGUUCUCAGGGGCCGGGGUGUUAAUUGCAUUGGCAAUGGGUUGUAAGGUUGUGGCUACAGCUCGUAAAGCUGAAAAGCUUAAGAUAUUAUAA